AGAUGUCAAGCUCUUGGCAAACCUCCCCAAAGUUUCAGAAUUGAGGAAGCGUUUUGAAAGCAUCAGCCCAAGCACUAGCUGGGAAAUGAACAGGAAAGAGAGGAUUGCCCGGCGGUUGGAGGGUAUAGAAAGUGAGGCGCAGCCUGCCAUAUUACCCAGCUGCCCCGGCCUAGUGACCAAUCGGCUGCUAGAGGAAGACACACCCCGUUACACACGUGCCUCGGACACCUGUGACCCCUGUGUCGUGCAGUGUUACAGUAGGGACGACCUGGAGAGUCCAGAGAUGAUGACCCAUCAGCAGGUCCCUGCUCCAGAGAGGCAGUCCAGAGCCCGGAGCCGGCCUGAGGGCCAGACCGUCCCAACUGAACCCAUUUACAGCUCUGACUCCGCAGGUACCGACCUGGACUCCAAGGCAGAUCGGAUUGCUCGCUACAAGGCGGAACGGCGUCGGCAGUUAGCCGAGCGCUACGGUAUGUCUCUGGACCAGGAACCAGACUCCACCACCGAUCACUUCUCCUCCCGAUCUGGCUCCGCCCGUGGUCUCAAGGAGUCUGACACCUCUUCGGUGAUGCAGCAGGGCUACACAAAUGUCAAGCCACGCCCUAGGGCGGAAUCUCUGGGGGAUGAGCCCUCCUACACCUCAGGCAGCUCCAGGGUGGGGAGAGUGGCCACCCAGCCACAAGGCUCCGGCGAGCCUGGCCAGGGGCGACCCAGGGUGGACUCGUUCACGGAGAGGGAGAGGGUGAUGAACCUGGAGAACCAGCGCAGGGCGGGGCAGCAGGAGAGGAACAUCAGUGCCCUCGAGCUUCCCUCUUCCGCCAGCUACAUGGAAGUGACGUCAUCGUCGCCCACCUCGGCCAAGGUGCCCGUCGCUAACGACUACACCAUCACAGGGGUACCCCCCAGCUCGCCCAAGACGACCCGGAAGUCUUCGCUGCCCUCCCCCAAACAGGGGGUGUCCCCUGGGGACCUGUUCAUAGAGCAGCAGGCCCACAACAUCCUCGGCAGACAGGGAAUCAGAGUUAGGGAGAGGCACGUCAAGGAGGAGGGAAUCCGACAGAGUCCAGAACUGGGCCACCGUGUCGUUGAGGCCCCCCUGUGCAGGAGACACCCCCAGCCCCGGGCCACCACCUGCCCCACAGCCCACCACCAGGCUCCAGCCUACACCACCACCAACCCUCCAGGCCCACAGCCAGCCUACUCUCACCCCCAGCCUCAGCUCACCCGUUCUGGGCUGAGUGAUGACCCCAGCUAUCUGUCCAUGGACACCGGCCCCGGUCCCAAGGCACAGCAGCCCCAACAGCCUCAGCCGGAGGAGGAAGAGGAGAUGGAGGGAGAGGUGGAUGAGGAGAGGAGGGGCGCCCAUAGGGAGGGCAGACAGGAAGUGAGGACGGAGGGACUACUGAAGAGCAGGAAAGCUGUGCUGCCGUCGGAGAUCAGACGCAGGGAGAAGAGCACAGAGGACCCGCGAGGGAGCGGCCCCAGGAGAGAGGAGGAGCAGGCUGGCUACAGCAGGGCCCGAGAAGGCCAGGGAGUAGGACACAGGAGGAAGGCUGAGCCGGAGGGGCCCAGAGGAGGGUGCAUGGGAGGAGGGAGAACCAGGAUGAGACUGGAGGGACCGGACACAGACCCUGAACCAAUCAGACCUACAGGGGAACACGUCUCCCGCCUGCUGGCCGCAGAGGUCAGAGCCUCAGAGGAGCGCCAACAACCGCGGAAUGACGACGCCAUUUACAACCAGACCAGGGGAGGAGCCAUGACCACAGACAUUCCCGUUUCCUCCAGGCGCCCCACGUUGGACACUGGGGCCCCUAGAGGCUCCAUCCCCAAGACCCAAGAACCAGGGCCAGGGUGGGUCAGAGAGGCAGCAGUCCUUCAACAAUGGGCCAGUGAGGAUAGGAUCAGUAACGGAGACCAGAGCCCUCCAGAGACCAGGGAUGCUCGUGUCUCUGUGGCCAAGCUUCGCCACUCCUACCUGGAGGGUGCUACGACUGCUACUGCCCCAGUCGUCAGGAAAACAAUGCUGGAGGAAGAGGUAGAGUUGGUGUACCCGGGGGGUACGGGGGUCCCCUGGCGAGGGCAGCGGGACAGUACGGAUGUCCCGUGGAGGGGGGACAGGGGGCGCAGGCCCAGACUCUACAUCUCCCCCGGAGAGAGUAGAAAGACUUCCGAGAGGUUUAGGACCCAGCCCAUCACCUCGGCUGAGAGACAGCUGUCUGAUAGGUCUUGUUUGGGCCCAGAUCUACCCAGCACUGAAGCGGAUGAAGAGAAGUUGGAUGAGAGGGCCAAGUUAAGUGUUGCAGCCAAGCGGUCUCUCUUCAGGGAGUUGGAGAGGAGCACUGACGGCGGUGCCCCCAAACCCCAGUCCCGGAACGCGGCCAUCGAUAGGCGACUGAGACGCAUCCAGGACCGCUCCCGUACCCAGCCAGUCACCACUGAGGAGGUGGUCGUUGCUGCCACUGUCCCGGCUCCCUCGUCACAAACUGUGUCUGUCGAUACGACCCUAGCACGCAUACCGAGCCCCACACUAGUCAGCUGCACUGUGACACCGUACAGCCUGCAGGCGUCCUCACAGCGAAGAGCUGCGGCCAAGGAGCAAGCCAGGGAGGCACGGCGGGUCCAGGAUGCCCUGGAGGCCCAGAGAGAGGGGCAGCGCACCACCACCACCACCAUGCUCCUCCAGACCUCCUCUCCCCCCGAGGUGACCCAGGCCCAGAACCAUCAGGGCCAUGGGGAUGCAGAGCCAGAUCUGUCCACCCUCAGCCUGGCAGAGAAGAUGGCGCUGUUCAACAGGCUGGCCCAGCCUGCUACCAGGGUUACCCGGACCAGGCCUGAUACCAGGGGGCGCAGGGCCAACGCCCGCUACCAGACCCAGCCCAUAACCCUGGGAGACAUGGAGCAGAUCCAAGCCGGGGCCAGGUUCGACCAGCUCUCCUCAUCAGCUCUCAGACCUGGGGCCACGGUCUCCACAGACCACGCAGGGGACAUCCACCUGGCCAGGGAUUGCGGGGGUAGCCCCGCCGAGGCCGCUCUCGCUGCACCCAACCCUGGUUACUACGAGAGCUCCAUCCCCCGGCACACCAGUCCUCCCACCCAGAUCACAGAACCCUUCAGUGCCGUCUGUAAGUCUGUCCCCGGCCCCCACCAACAGGCCUCUCUGGAUCUCCAGAGCCACCAGGCUGACACGACCACAGUCCUCCCCCAAGAAGAGGAGCACGGUCUGGGAGGAGGGAAGAGGAAGCUGCCCUCUCCAGAGGGAGUUGUCAGACAGGCCCCCCUGCCCCAGCCUCCGGCCUGGUCUGGGGGGACGGAGUGGGAGGAGGUUCAGCGUGUAGCCAGGAGAGGUGAGGGUGUGGAUCCCCAGCGCUCGUUGAUGAGAUCAGAGAGCCAGGACCAGAGACUGCACCAGGAGCAGAGGGGCUAUCUAAGACCGUUAUCACAAGAGCUGCAGGACCCAGACAGGCUUGGGUCAAAGGUCGUCAGCACUGAGCUGCCGGAGCCCAGCGUGUCAUCACUGAGAACAGCAGUAGCAGCAGGGCCACUAAGGAGCGUGUCUCUCGCUCCACACACCCAUCUGCCUCAGGAGCUGGGAGGAGCGGAUUCGCACACGGACCGCAGCAGUGGUCUGGGACACACACACAGCCUGGUCCAGUCGGAGCAGGAGGACAUGGAGCUCUCCGAAGCCAUGUCAGCUCGACAGAUGUCCAUCAAAGACAGGCUGGCCCUAUUGAAGAAGAGUGGCGAGGAGGACUGGAGGAACAGGAUUAAUAAGAAGCAAGACGUGGUGAAGGUGGCCGUGUCCGAAUGCCACGCUCAGCUAUGGGAGGUGGAGCAGAGCUUCAAGAAGAAGGAGGAAGGGAUGAUGAUGAUCGAUGAGUUGGCUGUUUCUGAUCAGCUCUGGGAGCCGGUCUUUUCCACCCCUUUCUCUCCUCCUCCUGAUCUCCCUGACGGUGAUCUAAGUGUUGAUCAGUACAGCCAGGCUACCAGCCCCCCCACGUCGAGCAUCUUCAGCCCCCCCACGUCCACAGUGACCAGUCCCUCUAUGGCUAGGGAUGAGAGGCACCCCUGGAGACGGAAGCAGAGGAUGGGAGGAGGAGAGGAGACCCAGAGCCGCCGUAUAGACAUGUCUAUCCAGGAGAGGAAGCAGCUGAUUGUGGCCCGAGAGGAGGCCUGGAAGUCCAAGGGCCUUGGGGCUGCCAACGACUCCACGCAGUUCACCGUGGCCGCACGCAUGGUCAAGAAAGGUCUGGCUUCUCCUUCAGCUCUCAUCAACAGCCCUGUCAUGUCUCUCCUCUCCAAACCCAAGAACACCACUCCUGCCAUCUCCAAGCCUCUAGAAGAGAUCGAGGCAAAACCGGACAUGAACCUGGAGUCAGACAGGAAGUUGGAUAAGCUGGAGUCUUUCCUGGGCAGGUUGAACAGUAAAGUGGGCGGCCUGCGGGAGUCCACCAUCACGGUGACGGAGAAGACUGUCAAAGAGGUCAUGAACUUGGAUGAUGAGAUGUUUGAUAAGUUCUACCGCCAAGUGGCUGAGAUGCCCCUGAACAUGAACAGCAAGGUGGACAUCAACGAUGACUUUGACGACAUUUUCGGUGGUACACAGAUGCCCAAGCUAACCUCCGCCAUGGUGCAGCACAAGCGGUCUGUGCGUCCUGUGCGCAACGUCCAGUCGUCCAGGAACCCUCUAAAGAUGCUGGCGGCCAGAGACGACAUCAGACAAGAGUACACGGAGCAGAGACUCAACAUCGGCCUGCUGGAGAGCAAGAGGAUGAAGGAGGAGAAGAUGUGUAAGAACAGUGGAUUCUCUGAGGUGGCUCUGGCUGGGCUGGCCAGUAAAGAGAAUUUUAGCAGCGUUAACCUGCGGAGCGUCAACAUCUCCGAGCAGAUGUCCAACAACAGCGCCGUGCCCUACAAGAAACUCAUGCUCAUGCAGGUCAAAGGCCGACGGCACGUCCAGACCAGACUAGUGGAGCCCAGAGCGUCCUCUCUGAACAGCGGGGAUUGCUUUCUGCUCAUCACUCCUCAUCACUGCUUUGUCUGGACUGGAGAGUUCGCCAAUGUCAUCGAGAAGGCUAAGGCUGCUGAGUUAGCCCAGUUCGUUCAGACCAAGAGAGAUCUGGGUUGCCGUGCCAACUAUGUAGAGCUGAUCGAGGAGGGCAUCAACACACACAGCUAUGCUGCCAAGGAGUUUUGGAAGAUUCUGGGCGGACAGGCCAGCUACCAGUCCGCAGGGACGCCAGACGAGGAUGAGCUGUAUGAGAGCGCCAUCGUAGAAACCAACUGCAUCUACCGCCUAGUGGAUGACAAACUGGUCCCCGAUGACGAUUUCUGGGGGAAGGUUCCCCGAUGCACCCUGCUCAGCCCCAAACAGGUGUUGGUGUUGGACUUUGGCAGUGAGGUGUAUGUCUGGCACGGUAAGGAGGUGACUCUGGCCCAGAGGAAAGUAGCCUUCCAGCUGGCUAAACACCUGUGGAACGGAACCUUCGACUACACCUGCUGUGACAUCAACCCCCUGGACCCCGGAGAGUGCAACUCACUCAUACCCAGGAAAGGCCAGGGUCGUCCGGACUGGGCUAUAUUUGGGAGGUUGACACAACACAAUGAGACCACCCUAUUCAAGGAGAAGUUCCUGGACUGGACAGACUCCAAGAAGAAAGGCACAACCAAAAACGGCCACGAACACCUCAACGAACACAAGGAGCAACAGAGCUCGGAACAGAAUACGACGCGGUCCUACGAUGCGUCCUUGAUGCUGCCGUUACUCCAGACCCCGGUGCGCACGGUGCUGGAUGGGGUGGACGUGGGUCGGGGCUACGGCCCUGUGGCGGGGGACGACCGCAGGCACUUUGAAAUCAGCACCACUGCCGUGGACGUAUGGCACAUCCUGGAGUUCGAUUACAGCCGGCUGCCCAAGCAGAGUAUCGGACAGUUCCAUGAGGAAGACACUUACGUGGUGAAAUGGAAGUACAUGGUGAGCACCGCAGUUGGGAAGAGACAUAAUCCGGACGCGGUGAGGAGUGCAGGAGCUGGGAAGGAGAAGUGUUCCUAUUUCUUCUGGCAGGGACGGAAUUCUACCGUCAACGAGAAGGGAACGUCCGCUCUGAUGACUGUCGAACUGGACGAAGAGAGAGGAGCACAGGUCCAGGUGCAGCAGGGGAAAGAGCCUCCAUGUUUCCUGCAGUGCUUUAAUGGAGGGAUGGUGGUCCAUGCAGGGAAGAGGGAAGAGGAGGAGGAGAACUCUCAGAAUGACUGGCGGUUGUACUGUGUGCGCGGUGAGGUCCCUGUGGAGGGCCACCUGCUGGAGGUAGCGUGUCACUGCAGCAGCCUGCGCUCCCGCACCUCUAUGGUACUGCUCAGUGUCUCCAAGGCAACCAUGUACUUGUGGCAUGGCUGCAAGGCUCAGCUCCACACCCGCAACGUGGGGAGCACCACCGCCAACAAGAUCAAAGAGCAGUGCCCAUUGGAGGCGGGGCUCCACAGCAGCAGCAAGGUGACCAUCCAUGAGUGUGACGAGGGGACGGAGCCUACGGGAUUCUGGGAGGCUCUGGGGAGGAGAGAUAGGAAGGCCUACGACUGCAUGAUACAAGAUCCAGGGAAGUUCAACUUCACCCCUCGUCUCUACCAGCUGAGCAGCACUUCUGGAGAGUUUGUAGCUGUGGAGGUCUUCUACCCAGCCAGAGUAACAGAGGCGGUCAACUCACUGCCCUUCCUACAGGAGGACCUCUACAAUGCCUCACAACCAGGCCUGUUCCUGGUAGACAACCACCACGAGGUGUACCUGUGGCAGGGCUGGUGGCCCCAGGAUGGCGAGAGCCCCGGCUCUGCCCGUAUCCGCUGGGACGCGGACAGGAAGUGUGCCAUGGAGACGGUGCUGCAGUACUGCACAGAGAAGAAUGAGAAGAAGCCUCCCAAGUCCUAUCUGAUCCAUGCGGGACUUGAACCUCUAACCUUCACCAACAUGUUCCCCUGCUGGGAACACAGGGAGGACAUCGCUGAGAUCACUGAAAGGGAGGCGGAGGUGUGUAACCAAAUCAUCCUGGUAGAGGACGUGUUGGCACGGUUGUGUAAGACCACCUACCCCCUGGCAGACCUUCUGGCGCGGCCCCUACCCGAGGGAGUGGACCCCUUACGCCUGGAGAUCUACCUAGACAAUGAUGACUUUGAGGGUGUAGGGGCUUAUGGGAAGAAAGGGCUGGAGAUGUCAAGGGAUGAGUACGAGCUGUUGCCAGGCUGGAAGCAGGUGAAUGUGAAGAAAGCCAAAGGAUUGUUUUAGUACGUUGGACAGAACGCUUGACCACCGGACAGCAGCAUCAUCAUCAUCAUCAGCAAGUGAUGGUCGGUCGCUGAGGUGCAUCGUGGCCCGAAUUGGAACGAGGACCCGCCACUGAGAACUCUUUAGGUUGACCAAGAACGCCUUCACUUCUGGACUGGAGAGAGCUCGGAAACAGGCUCUUCUGAGUACCCUUCUCUACGAUGGAGGGAGGGAGGGAGGAAGGAGGAGAGAUGCAGUGGGUGGAGGGAGUGAAAGAUCAGCGAAGGUGUGCAAGCCUCUUGUAGUCUUGUCUUUUUCUUUCAUUUGUAUUGUUGGUUCCCAUUGUUGAUUUGUAUUAUAAAUGGAGAUAGUUCAGAGAUGUGUGUGUGUGUGGAGUCUUGAGUGGAUGUUUAUGUAAUGUCAGCACCCGGCUUGUUAAAUCUACUGUGUGUGUGUGUGUGUGUGUGUGUGUGUGUGUGUGUGUGUGUGUGUGUGUGUGUGUGUGUGACCAUGCCUUUACAGUAUCAACCUUACAGGGUCUGUCAGUUGUUCUGGGAGCAGGAAAGCCACUCUGCUCGACACACUCCAAACAGACUCUUUCUGUAAGCGGUUUCUUUUGUGUGUUUGUCUUUCCAAAAAUAAUUUAUAUUUAUAUUGACAUAUAUAUAAUAGGAAUAAAAAGCCUUUUGAGUAUUCAGUCGGUGAGCUAAGAAAUGAAAUAAAUUGUUGUGUUAUUCAUGUUGAGGUUGUCAUAUGUUAAGUAGUAGGACAGUAAUGCUCCUUUCGCCCAGAGACUGUACAUGUCGCCAUUUCAUUGAAGAAAUCCUGUAUCUUGUGCAUUCUGUUGUAUCUGUUGUUGUUGUUGUUGCUUUGAGGAUGUCCUGCAUCGGUCAGGUGCUCAGAUUGAAGAAAAGUGUUAUAUUUAACAGGCAUGAAUUGACAGAAAUAAAAAGAGAAAGGCAGAAGGAUCUUUCUAUUUGAAUUCAACAAUGUAUAGUGCCUUGCUUUGAUGUACACUUUAUGCACAGGAAGACAGUAGUCUGUGUUAUAAAGACUCCCUUUGUGAUAUAAAGUAUAUUGGCGAAAUAAACACUUAAAGUACAUCUGAGGAAGUUGUUUCGCCUCUUUAUCACCUGAAAUGGGACAUUUUGUCUAAAUGGAUGUCCCAAAAUGGUAACUGUUUCCCUUUCAUAAUGCACUGCUUUUGAGUAGAGAACCCUGUGGGCCUUGGUCAAAAGUAGUGCACAAAAUAGGGUAGCAUUUGGGGGGGGGGGGGACAUGCUUCCAUACAGUGCCUAAACCCUGAAAAUGACAUGCAGCAGCAAACUGGUAAGUCCAGUCCGUUGUUCUCUCAGAUAAAAUAACGUGUAUGUUUAUGCGUGUGUAUAUCCAGUACCUGUAUGAUAUGUAUACUGAAGAAAAAUAUAAACGCAACUUGUAAAGUGGUGGUUUCAUGAGCUGAAAUAAAAUAUCUCAAAUGUU